UCUCCACAAAAAUUCCACACACUCCCCCCCAAAAAUUAAAAUCCAGCAAACACACCACCACCACCACCACCCUCCUCACCCUAAAUCACCAUGGACCCACCGUCGCCACCGUCAUCGCCGCCGCCACCACCACCAGAAAAGAGCUGGAGCAUCUACACCCGCCGCGAGAUCACCUCUAAGUACGAGAUCCUCGAUCGAGUUGGCUCCGGCGCAUACUCCGACGUCUACAGAGCUCGCCGACUCUCCGACUCCCUCAUCGUCGCUCUCAAAGAGGUGCACGACUACCAAUCCGCGUUUCGCGAAAUUGAGGCCCUCCAAACCCUACAGAACUCCCCGAACGUCAUCGCUUUGCUCGAUUACUUCUGGCGCGAGGACGAGGACGCCGUGCUCGUGCUCGAGUUCCUCCCCACCGACCUCGCUUCGCUCAUCAACGAUGCAAAGAGGGCUUGGGAUGGUGGAAUCACCGUCCGCGAGAUCAAGCGCUGGAUCGUCCAGAUUCUCUGCGGUGUUGACGCUUGUCACCGGAAUUCGAUCGUCCAUCGCGAUUUGAAACCCUCCAAUUUGUUGAUUUCGGCCGAUGGUGUUCUCAAAUUGGCCGAUUUCGGUCAGGCAAGAAUACUUCUAGAGUCCGGUUUUGUUGGCUUUGAUGAAAACCCACGGCUACAUGAACCGAAUGUUCCAAAUCCAACUAGUGUUGUUCAACAACCACUUGAAGUUGUUCGAGAAACAGAAAUUCCACGCCAAGAUGGUUCUGGAAAUGAAGAGCAUGGAUCUUUGGGUAAAGAAGAGGGCAUUGAGGGUUUGGACAUGCACAAGGCAAACGACUCCAUGAGUGAAAUUGACAAGGAAACUCAUGAUGGAGAUACAUCCUGUCUUGCUACGUGCACGACAAGCGAUGUCGAUGAUGAUCCUUUCAAGGGUUCUUAUUCAUACGAGGCUGAGGAGGGUGCAGAUGACCGAUACGGUGCACUCACAUCCAUUGUUGGAACUCGCUGGUUCAGGGCACCAGAGUUACUCUUUGGAUCCACAAAAUAUGGUCCAGAGAUUGACUUGUGGUCAUUGGGCUGCAUUUUUGCAGAGCUUUUCAGUUUAGAACCUCUUUUUCCAGGUACUUCAGAUAUCGAUCAGCUAGGCAGAAUUUUCUGUGUCUUGGGCAACGUAACAGAGGAAAUCUGGCCUGGUUGUUCAGAACUUCCUGAUUACAAAACAAUAUCAUUUGGUAAAGUAGAAAAACCACUUGGUUUGGAAUCACGUCUUCCCAACCAGUCCCCUGAUGAAAUCAAUCUAGUCAAAAAACUUCUUUUUUUCGACCCAGCAAGUAGAGCUACUGCGAUGGAACUGCUUCACGACAAGUAUUUAAAUGAAGAGCCUCUACCGGUUCCAAUAUCAGAGCUAAGGGUUCCUUCUUCACGCACUGCUCAAGAUGAGGGUUCUCCCGGUGAGUGGGGUGAUUACAGAGACAUGGCUUCAGAUUCUGAUUUUGAGGAUUUUGGUUCUGUGAAUGUUACAACUACCAAUACUGGGUUUUCAAUUCGGUUCCCUUGAACGCGCUUCAGACACUACAACUGUAAGUUAUACAUGUUAUUCCAUAGUUAUUCCAUAUUGUUUGAACAACUUCGGUUUCCCUAAUUAUUAGUAACAGGAGGUGUCUUUGAAAUUUAUUGGGACUUAGCCAUCAUAUUUUACUUUGAAGUGAUAUUGUGCAAGUGAAGAACACUUAAUUCUUUGUAAACCACCAGUUUUCAGCAGACUUUGUGUUUCCACCAUUAUGUAUUGGAAAUAUAAUGAGAUUUUGAGGAUUUUUACUUCUAUAAUAUGGAAAUUUUUUUAUGGUA